AUGCCUUCCAUAAAAAUCUUUCUGCGCAACGUCGCAUCCAAACUCAAAUUCAAAUUCUCAAAGUCGACGCAAAAGAACCCUCCACCUUCGCUUUCCGAUGAAGCAUCAACAGUCAAUAUCACCGUGGUCAAUAAUUCCUCAAAUUUUGAUCGUUACUCCCCUCCAAAUCCACACUCAGCCUCAGUUAUAGUUGACUCCGACUCUUUGGAUAGCUGUGACAACAAAAUCACGCUUGCCGACACGUCCAAAAACCCCUCUCUGUCGCCUUUAGCAUCGAUCGUUCCCGAACCUUCUGAAGAUACUUUAGAAGGCCUACGACAAUUUGCACAGUUUAUCGAUUCUGCGCCCGCCACUGUGUCACCUGCUCCGGAGUCGAUAAAGUCUUCCAACUCCGAGGUCCUUCGGGGUUCAGGUUCUACCUGCGACUGGGACGAUCAAGAGCCGUUUGUGACAUACAAACAUAAGAUCAUUCAGUUAUGUCAUAAUCUUGGUCUCGGGGAGCCCUCGAAAAUUGAGCGUAUGAGAGGAGGUAGUUUCAAUAGAGUCAUCUGUCUUUCACUUCCUUCCAAAGACAAUCAGGACUAUGUUCUUCGCAUUCCUCGAAACCUUGACACGAAUGAAAGCACGAGAGAUCAGGUUGCUGUCCUACAUUAUCUCGCCCCAUUGAUGCCAGUUCCCGCUGUUUUGGCCUUUGAUUCCACCUCAGACAACGUCAUUGGUCGUCCGUAUAUCCUUCAGGAAAAGCUCAAGGGAGUAAACGCUGAAUCAGUUUAUUACGACUUGCCUUCUGAUGAGAAAAUUCAAUUCGUCAAAUUGCUUGCUGAUAUCAUCAAGAAGUUGAAUGCUUUCAAGAUCGACCGACCAGGACAACUUGUUGCAGGCCCUUCCAUUCCAUCUAUCUCUCGUGAGCCGCUCACCAUCCCAACCGACAUUGAGGUCACGGGCUACCGCUUCAGCCAGCAUAAUGCAUUAGAAGUCAUGUCCAGCCAAGAAAAGCAACCACUCUCAUCACUUCUGGACACUAUCUUUGAAGAACGCAAAACAGCCGAUGAAGACUUCAUGGAUCUCCAGUGGAAAUCACUUCAAAAGAUCACAAAAGAAAUGAAAACUGCCGGGUUGUUCUCAAACACCGACACCGAUUGUGUUGUAUGGCAUUGGGAUCUUGCAUUCAGAAACAUCAUGGUUGAAAAGCAAUUAAAUGGACAAUGGGCUUUAACUGGUAUUCUGGAUUGGGAUGGGCUCUUGUCUGCACCAUCCGUUAUGACGAGAGCUCCACCUGUCUGGCUAUGGAUUGAAGAAAACGACCGGUCAAGCAAAUGGUGUGAGGGUCUAGGCAACAAUGAUAUUCAGCCAGCUCGGGAAUUGACUAUGGAAGAGCUUGUCCUUAAAUCUUCUUUUGAGCAGAUUUUACAGCGAUCAGACCAGAAUUAUAUGGCGGAUGCUUAUGGCCGAGGUGUAUGGAUUCGACGACUUGUCAAGUUUGCUCUCGAGGGAUUUGCUCAAAGCAGUCAUUAUAUUAUGUUGAAAGUUCUAGUUCUCGAAUGGAAUGCUUACUAUCAGUCCUUAGAUCUUGAUACAGACAUGGAAGACGAUAGUGAUGAGGACGGAUCGGAUGGGUCAGAUGAUAAGGACGAAUCUGAUAAGCCAGAUGAUGAGGACAGAUCGGAUGGGCCAGAUGAUGAUGAGAAGCUUGAAUCCUCCAGUGUUACACAUCGUUCAAACCACUCCAAUCAAUCAAGCGCUUCGUCAACCUACGAAUAUGCACAGGAAUCGUUUGAAACAUACAAGUUGAAAGUUACACAGCUUUGUCAGAACAUCGGAUUCGGUUCCCCAUCGAAUGUAGAGCGGAUGGAAGGUGGAAGCUAUAAUCGAGUCAUCGGACUCACAUUUCCGGGACAGUUUGAAGAUCGGAAUUUUAUUCUCCGUAUUCCACGCUCUCCAUGCGAAGAUCAUGAGUUGCAUAAAAUACGCGAUCAAGUUGCCAUACUCUUGUUUCUCAAACAAUUCGACUUUCUCUGUGUGCCAGCAAUCGCAGCUAUCGAUACCACCGCGGACAAUGUCAUUGCAUCUCAGUUCGUUCUGCAAGAAAAAAUCACCGGACAGCCUCUCUCGGAGGUUUUCUCCACUCUUCCGCUCGCUGAAAAACUCGAAGUCACGACUCUCGUAGCCCGACACUUGACUAAAAUUGAGGACAUUACAUUUGAAAGUCCCGGUGAACUUUCUGGUACGCAGCCCUUGCCAUGGGUUUCCACAUCUGUUCACCAAUCGAACUCUCCGCCAGUAAUAUCAGGCUUUCAUCUUAACCCUAUGGAGGUCGCCUCACCCCUCGGAAAGCAAGGUCUUGCAUCUUUGCUUUUCAACAUGCUCAACGAGCAGAAGAAAGAUGACGUUAAUUUUGCACAUAUAAUGUUACUAUGGAGCCAGCUUCUAGAUGCUUUAAAGCAAAUGGAGCAGAUUGGCUUCUUCAAGGAUUCAGACUCGACAAACAUCUUGUGGAAUUAUGAUAUCUGCUCUCGACAUAUCUUCAUUGAGAAGGAUAAUUCUCUAACGCCUACUAUUCCACGCUCAAGCUCGACAUCGGAAAUCCCACAGCCACUCGAUCUUGAUCAUGUCAGUGACAACAGUACCAAGAGUCAAGCCAACAUUAAAGAUGAAGCUUCUCGAACUCCUGAUGGCCAAAAUCAAGUUACGAGUGGUCGGUGGAAGAUUACUGGAAUUAUCGACUGGGAUGAUGCCUUAUCAGUCCCACAUGUCAUUACUAGAGUCCCGAGAACCUGGCUCUGGUUUGAUGAUAAUGAACGUACUCCAUUUUGGGAUGGAAACCGUGAAACUCCUCCUCAACGAGCACUCACCGAAGAUGAACUUGCAAUUAAGAAUCAUUUUGAUCAGAUCAUGCAACAAGCUGAUCCCAACUACAUGAACGAUACUUAUUUUAGAGGUGUUUGGAUUCGUCGAUUGUUUCAGUUCACGCAAACGGGGUUUCAUGACACCGUCGAUUUUGACCGAUGCAACAAAUUUGUGAAGGACUGGAAAAAUUACUUCGAUGGUCAUGUCUUAAUGAUACCGGAUAAAAAUGUAGCAGAUGAAGCUGACUGCGAACCGGAGGAAGGGUCUGAGUAA